UGGGAUUAGCUGAGAGCUCUGGCACUGUGCUGAUGAGUCACAUCUCUGUUGACACUUCUCUGUGGUCUAACGAAAGGGUACGGGCAAAGAACAUGUCAAGGAAAGUUCACCCACUAAAUGCAGAGGAGAGAGACCUGUUACUGCCUAACCUGAACGCUGUGGGCUGGAAUGAGGUUGAAGGCAGGGAUGCAAUUUGUAAAGAAUUCCAUUUCAAGGACUUUAAUCAGGCAUUUGGCUUCAUGACAAGAGUCGCCCUACAGGCAGAGAAAAUGGACCAUCAUCCUGAAUGGUUCAAUGUGUAUAACAAGGUGCACAUAACCUUAAGCACCCAUGAUUGCAAUGGACUGUCUGAAAACGAUAUUAACCUGGCUAGCUUCAUUGAACAAAGUGUGGUGGUGCAACCAUGAAAUCUAGCUACAGGGUCCAAAUGGAAAUGUUGAAACGAUGCUUUGUCAAGACAGAAUUGUAUCAGUAUUUCAUAUGUUAAAACUUUGACAUUUAAUUCCAGUUAUCGUAUUGUGUGUUGGCCACAUUUCCACUUUCUGGGUAUAAAACUCUACUUUUUCUGUUGUAGGCCACUUUCUACUACCUAAAAACACAAUGAUAUUAUCUGUAAAACAGUGAAAACUCUUGUAAUGGAAGUUAUCAAGACAUGAAAAUCUGGCUUUCUUGUAAGACUUGUACAGGAAAAAGUCAUACCUUUCAAGCUUUGCAGUGACAGGUUGUAACUUUGCACAGAUAAUUUUGUUCGGGUAACUCAUGCAUUGUAAUAUGUUUUAUAUGGUUCACAGUGGUAAACUACACGACACGAACAUUUCAAGGAUUUAAUGAGGAGUGACGUCUGCAGUAGCAAUGAAAAGGAAGUCAGCUAGUUGGAUUUGUGAGUGUUUUGCUGUAAUCACACUACUUUUGACGUUCCCACACUUUAUUUUUAGGUAAAAUACCCACAAAUAUAUCCUCAUUCAAGAAGAAUAGGAGGAAGAAAAUGACAAAACACAAGCAGCACUGCACACAGAUAUACCUGAACUGAUAUAUUUAAUGUCAGUGGUGCAGUAGGUAGCACUCUUACAUUUGCUGCAGGAAGAUCAGAAAGCUGUUGGUUCUAUUCCCUCUCCAGGUGACUGGAUUGCUGACAAUGCACUCCUGAGUGUGUCGCCCUUUUAAUGAGAUGUUAAACCGAGGUCUCAUCUGCUUGAGUUGGAGGUAUCUCUGGUGGAUGUAAAGGAUCCCAUUUCUCCUGUCGAAAAGAGCAGGGCAAGUUCCCCGAUGCCCUGGCAGAAUUUCCCGUAGUUGUAGAAAUACUAUCACCUUGGGUUUUCCCCUGAAAAGAAGCCACUAGUUUAGUUGGAAUAAUCCAGUCAGCUAAGGAUAAAUAAAAUAAAGACAUAGGAAGCAAAGAGAAAAAGGCAUGGUUGGAGGAAUAUGAUAUGUUAUGUUGUUAUCAUUAAAGUCUAAUCUCAACAAGUUAUUUAGAAUGAUAUGUAGCAUUUCACUCACACCUGCACAACAAAUCAUUGAAGCUGACACUCAAAACCAAUAACCUAUAAACUACCUUAUCAUAAAAUAAGCAGCAGAUUAAAAAUAAGCUAUUAAACAAGUGUUUUAAACUUUGCGUAUGCAAGUUCUGACGUGACUAGUGUAAUUUAAUAAAACUUUGUGGUGCCCCUCCUUCAUGUCUUUCUGUGGGUCAACCUAACAAGCAAGCAGAGAUAUGUUUGGGAAAUGAUAUAGCUGCACCGAAGUUAAUUAUAAAAUCAGUUAACAGUAUGCAGUUUGAGGAAGAAUUAUGUUAGGAGGGCUAAAUGUUUAUGUAAACACGGUUCUUACUAGAGAAAUUAUGGUAGAUUAGCAUAUGCAUAUAAAUGAAUAUAUUUUUUGUUAUUUGUGUGCAUUCGGGGAGGAAGUAGGUGAACAAAUGGUAGUGCUGUUUUUAUUGUCCUGAUUUGCAUAUGAAUUACUUGCUGUAAAAAUGCUGUAUCUUCCUACAAUGCCCUGAAUAUUAUUUCAUUUUUGAUCUUAUUCUUAACUGUUCUGUUCUGUUACCACUUAGAACUGCAGAGCAAAUCAAAGUAUUCUUAGCUCAAGAGAUUGUCAGUACUUUGAAGUGUAUGCUUUGAUUUUGUCAGUUGCAUAGUCUUGGAAGAGCUUUUCAAGCGCCUAUUCAUAGUGUAACACGAGUAAUACUUUUCUUGCUUUCCUACAGCCAGCUUUCCUCCUUUCCCACCAGCUUACUGUCAUAAAUGUGAAUUAAUAUUAGAAAAACAAGAAAAUGUGCCAUUGUUACUUGCAAGGGACCACAUAGCUCAGUGUAGGAACUUGAAACUGAAAGAAAUCAAGGGCAUUCAUUUAAAACCUUCAACUUUCAGCAUCUCAAGAGUAGCACAGAAAAAGCCUGGCCUCAUUGCACUGCAAUUCUAUCAAUGGUAGUGAGACAUCUGAGGAAAAUAAGGUCAAAAUUACAUCAUAUUGUGGAGCAUUAUAGGAAAAACUUUUGGCAAAAGUAAAACAUCAUCAGAAUGUCUGCCCCACUGUUUAAGGUCAGAGAAAGUGACAAAAACUAACCACUUACAGUUAUGCAACAGUGAUAGCAGCAGUACACACAUUAAAACACAAUUAAACAUGUUUUACAUUUCUGCUUCUAGUUUUCCUCAGUAAUAUCAACUGAAAACACUAAGACUGAGCCACUCAUUACUAUGUGUUAUUAUGUGAUUUUUGUUGAUGUGAAAUCUUGAGUGAUCCAGAAGUUAAUGGCCAUUACAUUUGUAAGUUUCAUGUAAUAUAAAAACCCUGUCUAUUUAACGAUCCAUCCAUUCUCCUUAUCAGCUGCUAAUCUCUCACCCAUUUUUAAAAUAGUCUUUUGUCUACUGGAAACAUAUCCAUGCAAUGAGUCAUUCAAAUAAGAAGCUUCUGUUUGUAUCUUUCCUCUGUUUUUCCCUUCCUCUUCAUUGCUCUAAUAAUUAUGUUUCAGCUUGUAUGGAAUGAGGCGCAUCAAUGUGUAUGCUUCUGAAAAAAACAGAUAUAAAGGUCAGCACAAACUUUUUGUUGUAUCUGUCUGGAGGAUGACAAGUAGAAUAUUAAACUAACACUUUCUUAGUUGGAGAGUGCCACAUCUUGGAUGGGAAAUCUUCUUUCAACACCCCCCACACACACACACACACACUCA